AUGACGACCGGCGACUGCCUUUCAGGAUAUUAUUAUAGAAACGAUGGCUGUUAUCGAAGUGAUUGGUAUAUAUGGGGGCGCUGGGCUGUCCUAGUCGCUGUUGCUGUAUUCCUAUUCACUGGCAUCGCUCUAUUCACAUUUGUCGCCCGACGCCGUCGCAGCAGAGGGCUGAACCCAUAUUAUGGCACUGGUUGGAUGGCACCACAAAGACAAACAUCUCGCCCUCAGAAUGGAGAUAAUGUAGAAAUGCAUAAUCCACAGAGGCGAGCGAAUACCGAGACUCUGGCCAACCCGCCUCCGGCAUAUGACCCGCAACGCCUGCCUGAAUACGAAAACACAGCCACAACCACGAUACCCAACAACGGUCAGGACAAGGUUGAAAACCAGCAAAUUCGCUCUUAG